AUGUACAACUUACCUCCGUACAACUACUGCCAACGAUCACCUUGCUACUCUGAAGGAGACGAUCGGAUUUACAAGAAACGGCGAAUGGAGAUCACCGGCAAACAAAGGGUUGCGGCAAAUGAACGAGAGAGGAAAAGGAUGAACAGCAUCAAUCGCGGUUUUGACUACCUCCGACAAAGAUUACCAUGUAACACUCACGAGAAAAAGCUUUCUAAGGUGGACACCCUGAGAGGCGCCAUGGAAUACAUCCGAAAAUUACAAGCCGUACUUGAGCAGGAACUACCGCCAGAUGGCAAAACCGAACAUAAGAUACUCAUCAAUAGUGUUGAUGGAAAUUCCCAAGAGUCGUCUUGUAUAUGGUAUCAUGGCGGCGAACCCCGGAGAAGUAUGGCGAGAUACAUGCAACACCUCGAGGGCCAGUCGUCUAUCAGAAAGACGUUUGGAUGCCCGGAACUCAGUAGACACGAAGCUGACCGGGCAACGAUGACAACGCCUUUGUAA